UUUCGUUAAGCAAAUGAUCAAACGUCAUAACGAGAUUUUUAGUUUCCGUUCAUUAGCGUAGGUAGGUUCCAAUUUCCCGUCCAGGCAUUCCAAGUAAUCGCCUCGGUUGAGUUAUAGGAAAACAGUCAUGAAACGACUUCUAGCUGCAUCAAAAACGUCUGUGGCAGUUCCGUAUGUUGUGUUGCUUUUGUAAAGUAGAAGACUGUCAGCAAAAAUAACAGAUCUAUCCAUGAAGCUUUUGAGGAAAACAUGGAGGCUCAGGCGGAAAUUCAACGGUCUAGCGUCCAAAUGUGUUGCUCAAAUGACUUUAGUGAUGAUGAUCUGCAUAACAGUGUUCCUAUACCACAUGGGUGUAUUCACUCAUUUCCUAGAAAAGGACUACUACACAGAGUUCUCGUACCCUAUGGAAGGUAAUCUUCAACCUCUAAUCAAGGAGCUGAUAUUGGGAAAUGAACCACACGUCAAGCCAAUUAACGUGUUCAACUACAGCUACCUGAAACUAUGCCAUGACAAGUGCUCCAGUAACGCAAGUCCAGAACUUCUCUUUGUCAUCAAAUCAGCUUUACAUCAUUUUGAACAACGUGAAGCCAUAAGACAAACGUGGGGCAAUCAAUUGCACCUCCCCAAUGUUGAAGUUCGACGUAUCUUCUUGCUGGGCAUGGGUUUCGAUCCUGAAGUCCAAAGGAAAGUGGAUGAAGAAGACAAAUUGCACGGGGAUAUUGUGCAAGCCGACUUCCACGACAACUACCGCAAUAAUACGCUGAAGACAAUGUCUGGCUUCAAAUGGGCUGUCGAACACUGCCCAUCGGCGCGUUAUAUCGUCUUCUCAGACGAUGACAUGUAUAUAUCAACAAAGAACUUGUUACGAUUCAUCCGCAAACCAUCAAGUUAUCCUGAGCAGGAGUCGCAACCGUUGCUCGUCAAAGAAUUCGAGCAUAGAGACAGGUCUCUCAAGGAGGAACCUGCAUUAGUGGACGAAGGUUUAGAAGAACAAAAUGAGUUUGGAUAUCUCAACGAAGAGUCGAAACUUUAUGCAGGAUACGUCUUCCAUUCUCCACCACAACGCCAUCAGUCAAGCAAGUGGUAUGUCUCUUUAGAAGAGUAUCCAUAUCAUUUGUGGCCGCCAUACGUGACUGCUGGUGCCUACGUUGUGUCGCGAUCGGCUUUACUGGACUUGCAUUACGGUAGUUUUUACACCAAGUAUUUCCAACUUGACGACAUUUUCCUUGCACUUGUUGCCCUCAAAAUCAACAUCGAACCCGUCCACUGUCCAGAAUUCUACUUUUGGAAAAAGAAAUACUCAAAGCUCGGAUACAAAGACGUCAUCGCCUCUCAUGGUUAUGGUGAUCCCGAUGAACUCAGGAGUGUUUGGAACGAGCAAAAAUUAGCUGGCCAUGCAUAAGAUGCGGCAUUUCCUCUUCGUUUUCCAUGUUAAAUUUUGUUUUUUCGUCCCUUUUGUGGAUAUCCCUUGUGGGACGCGUUGUUGAAAUACGUGCCUUUUCAUGUAAUCCAUUGUGUUUUAGUCAAUUCCAUACAUCGUCGUAUCAUUAGUGUUGAAUUGAACAAUACGAAAAAGAAUAAAAGAUGUUAUUGUUUCCAGA